GCGAAAUCCGAGGAAAUUCGGGCUCCUUUGAGAAGAUCAUUUCGCAAAAAACAACGCUACGUAGCCUUGAAGUCAAAAUAAUGGUCUGAUAUCAUGUUCUAUAACAUUAACUCGGUAACCUCCCCACGCUGCGGGUUUAGUCACAACAUUGGCCCCUCCAAUAUGAUAAUUGAGGGACGUGACAGCUCCGGCAAUACCACGCCAUAAUGUUUACCGCUACUAAAUUGCAGACGGCAACCUACCUCUUAGGUGUUUGCCUGUUUUCGAUCUCCUUCCUCGUCUUUUUGAACUCGUCGAUAUCCUUCGUAGUCACAGAUCUAAUUAAUCUCCCAACCGGUGAAGGUGAUGCUGUUGGUACGCUCGGCUUCGCGGAUGAGCUGUUGGCCCUAGUGGCUUGUCCCGUAUGGGGAAUGUUAUCGGAUCGGAUCGGGGUCAGAUACGUAUGUACGGUAGGCUACCUGAUUAUCGCUCUGGCACUGGCCCUGUUUGUGCAGGCCAAAAAUGUAUACCCAGAGCUUCUACUAGGCAGGCUUUUGUUUAGCCUUGGUGGGUCGGCAGUAACCACUAUGGUAACUGCUGUCCUUCCGGCUAUAACUGCAAGCAAGAGCUCCUUGAAUGGCACCUCCGCAAAUUCAGAUCAGAGUUCUGAAAUAAUUACGCCCACUUCCCCUCAGCCAGAUGAAUCCCAAAGGAUAUAUGGCCAUCUGCAUCGACCGUCUAACGGUUCAGAGUUGACGAUAACCCCCGUGCUUUACCAGGCGACAUUGCCUGAUUCAAAAACGCGUGAAAGGCGGGCAGCAAAGGGUUCAACGUCACAUCUAGCUGGCAUCGUUGGCAUGCUUACAGGUUCUGGCGCCGUCGUUGCGUUGCUGGUUUUCCUGCCCCUUCCGGCGUGGUUUGAGAAAUCAGGGCGGUCUCCUGCUCAAUCAAUCAAAUUGAGCUACUACAUAGUUGCUUUGCUCUCUCUUUCUGUUUCCGCAGUUUGUUUCAUUGGCCUACGAAAUCUACCUGAUGAUCAGUACACAGGAUGGAAGUCACUAUUCAGGGCCCCUAGAGCCCAUACUUCAGAUGGACCACAACCCACCACAGCAAUGACGUCGAACUCACCUCUAUCGUCAUUAUUUCCUAAAUCAUACCUAUCACAAUUCAGUGCAUCAUUCCUUCUCGGCUUUAAACAGCCGGGAAUAGGGCUCGCAUAUUUGGGCGGAUUUGUCGCCCGAGCCUCAACCGUUGGCAUCUCCCUAUUCAUUCCUCUAUAUGUCAACCAACAUUUCAGGCGCUCAGGUCUUUGUGAUGAAAGCCACCCCAGUAACAAGAGCCACGUACUUGAAACCGACCUGGGUGAGAUCAAACAGUCGUGUCCGAAAGCCUACAUUGUUGCUUCAAUAUUGACGGGUGUUGCACAACUCAUCGCCUUGUGCUUCGCACCAGUCUUUGGCUAUUUCUCAGCAAAAUCUAAACGACACAAUGUCCCGCUCCUUUCCGCUGCUCUGGCUGGAAUUAUUGGCUAUAUUUUCCUUACCCUCCUACCAGCUCCUCAGAUAUCUGGGCCGGGGGGAAGCCCAGUGAUAUUCGUCGCCAUGGCCCUGGUCGGGAUUAGCCAGAUUGGGUCUAUCGUCUGCAGCCUCGCAGGCCUCAGUACUCAUGUUCUUGGACCGGACCAUUACCAAGAUACAGCAUCGUGCCACCAUGACUCGGAUGGACGACGAACAAAUGCAGCCGACUAUGCUACCCUAGAGGACUGCCCAGGCGCCAGAGACAAUUUUUCAGAUGAGAGCGCCGCCCUUCUUCCAAAACCUAUGUCAUCAGCAGCAAACUCCAACAAUCUGGUUCACCUCAAGGGUUCCGUUGCUGGAAUGUAUUCGCUGUAUGGGGGGGCAGGUAUUCUCCUCCUUACAAAAAUUGGAGGUCUCCUCUCAGAUAAAGUGUCUCCGAAGUCGCCAUUCUACAUCCUUGCCGGCUUCAAUGGGCUUCUUUUAGUAGCUGGUGUAGUAAUCAGCGUGCUGCAGAGGUGGAAUUACGGGAAAGUUGUAUAAGUUGCCUUUGUGUUAUUUUAUUUUAUUUUAUUUAUUUAUUUAUUUUUUUUUUUUUUGCCAGAAAGCGGGUACCCCCUUCCAUCCUUGCCUGAAUGAGUUCAUUCUCCCCAACUUUUCUCUCGGCUAGGCAACGUAUCUAUUUGGGUUAUAGGCCUGAGAUAAAAUAAAACCAUGUGUAUUUACACUUCAGUUUCCGGUGUUCGUUCCUCAGCUUCAACUGAGGGCUUCAUUCCAACCGUUUCAGCAACGUGUAGUGUAGGAGAAGGGAGGUUACAUGGAAAGAGCCUUCAGUCUACCUUAGACAUGAUAAGCAGGGAUGUUAGGGAUUCUAUCGCCUGUGCACCGUAGCAGAUGAAGAUGUUUUCGAGCAUAGAGACUUCAAUUUACGGGGUAAACAGCAGAUAUGGAACACCAUAUCUAGGUUUUGGUUUCAGAAAGGUAAAGACACGAGAAGAGCGAGGAGGCAAGAAUCAAACGGAACAAGAAAUGACAUGAAACCAAAAGUCAAUGAUGAAAGGAAGCAAGAAGGGUGGAAAUUGCAAAGACUAGUUAACCUUACCAGCCGAAGUUAUUGUGAUCUAUCGACUAAGCUAUUGAAUUGAAACGAGACACAACCAAGCAAAAGUUGGCCUGUUGUCUCUCAACAUUUUAUGAAGGGUGUCAAAUGUAUAACGGCAAUGUGCAGGAAGGAAAUUGAUGUGAAACUGGUUAUGAAACGCAUUUUUAUUCCUAUGAACAGCUGAGCUGCUCUUGGUUCACAAUAUUUGGGUCAGUUGAAGGGUUUAUUUUUGGGUCGGGAGCUGUAACUAGGUAUGUAGAUGUACAUGUAUGUCCGACGUUACUGUAAACCAGGCAAUCAGAUGCUCCCAGGAAGGGAUUUGUAUGAAUAUUUUGUGCGUUUCUGCAACGGGUAUUUGUACAUGUGCAGUGCAUACACGUCAAAGAAUGAAAAG